AUGGCUUCUACAAGUAAAAGAAAUUCUGCAGUGAGAACUCAAAAUAUGUUUUGCCUUGAAGAUGGAGUCUGCAAGCAUGGAUUCCUCAUCAAAUCACCACCUCUUCAGCUUUUUGGCUCACAGAAUUCCUGGAAAAGGCGUUUUUUCAUCCUGUCUAAAUCCAGCAAGGGCAAUUACAUCUUGAAGUAUCUAAAAGGCCAGAACACAAAAGGCUCCAUAGCUAUUGAUCAAAUCAUAAAUAUUGAAGUUGGCAUAAGCAAUUCUGAAAUUAUGGAAACGGUGAGGAAGAUGUUUAAAUGCCUUCCUGAACAGGUGAUGUCCCUCAGUACUGGAAACAGAUGUUACUACCUCAUUGGGAGCAGCAGAGAGGAAACAGAGGACUGGGUUGCUGUGAUAUCUUCAGUCUGCAGUGAGGCCAAUAGAGGUGGAUGCUGCCCUCAGAACCACGAUCUUCCAAAUCCAGAAGUCAGAAGCCGGCCUUCCUCUUUGCCACUGUUCUUGAAUUCUGUAGAUGCAACCAGUUCCCCGGAAAGGCAAAACUACCAAAAGGAGAAUGAUUUCUCAGAAGACAAGAACAGGCCUAAUUCAGAUCCUGGCCCUCAUCAGACUCGGUGUGACUCACCAAGAGGAGUUUUUCCAAGCCCGGAUAAAAAUCUAGGAAAGAGUGAGGAAAACCUGCUGUCGUCAGAUACAGAUGAAGACAUGAAAAAGGAUGAAGAAGAUUAUUACCAAACUCCCAGCAAUAUUUUAGCAAAGUGCACUGCUGAAAUAUCAAAGCCUGACCCUACAGAUGGGACUGAUGUCCCUGUGGAAGAGAAGCCAGUGCAGAAGAACCCAGUAAAGGAGAACAUUUAUAUGUCAAUGAAAUCACUUAGGUUGCUGGAGGAGAGUUCCCAGCUCACAUGCAGAAGUGAUGAGCUCCCAUCUCCUCCCAAACGCCAGGACAACAGUUCAUGUCCAAGAGACCUGGAAGCAAACAGAGAGCUAAACUUCCCAGAAAGUGGCACCAGCCAGCAGCCAACCGUCCAGAGAAGGCAAAAUUCAUUACCACUUUCAGUGGUUCAGUUGUCUAUACUGCUCAGUCAAGUUACAGAUGAGACCCAACUGCAGAAGUUGGAUAUUUUCGUCCCCCUGGCUGAUAUUAACAGUUACCUAAAACUUACUGAAGCAGCAGGACAAAUAUGCAUCUCACAGUGGACUGGUCCCUGCCGACUGGGAUGUCUGUUUAACCACGGAGACCAUAUAGUGGCUGUGAAUGAUCUGCAACCCCAGGAUGUGGAGGAGGCUUACUUCUUCAUCAGCAGAUCCACAAGAAAGGAGGUGAAGCUUACAGUAUGUAGGAUUCCACACUCACAUAUCUUCCAUGUUAAAGGCUGCUCAUGUUCCUGA